GUAAGGCCGCUAUAAACGAGCUAUUCCAGCACGAUUCUGAACUUCUGAGCCCAGCUGGGCAUGAACAGCUUUCAAGGGCGGCGGCGGGGGGGGGCAAAGAAACAAGAGGGGCCCUGAAACACGACGGACCGCCCAAGCUCAAAUUAUAGACGCUACGUAAUUCUGCCUUGUUCAUGCAAACUGCCAAGCUUGCCCAUGGCCAUUAAGCACGCACAACACUGAGCACAACAAAAAUCACGGCCCUGGCUAACAUACGACCUGAGAAUAACCUAAUUUCUAUUGUAUGGAUUACGUAUGACUGCGGCACUCGGCAGGGUCAACCUGCGGCUGCACCGAGGCCGAAGACCUGAAUCGUCGGCUGCAUCCGGCGGAGCGCCAGCGACGAUUCUCUCUAGCACCAGGAUACUAUCGUUAGCUGCCCAUAACCUUCGAUUUGCUGUCGUCAACUGUUUACGGCGGCCAGCCUGUGGGGUCGCGACAAGGAGUGCGGCGACUUCGCACGCAGCCAUGACCGGUGCCGCAGCGCCCGGCCGGGCUCCCCCGACGAGCAGCGAGCAGCCCACCGUCACGGAGGUCCUGACGGUGUCUCUGGACUUGAGCAUUGACAGCGGCGGGCUGGAGGCUGCUAGCAGGGACCGCCGAGGCAGCGGCGGCGGCGUAGCUGGCGAGGAGGCCAGCACCUCGGGACGCACCGCCACCACCACCGCCACCAGCGGCCACGGCGCCGCCGCUGCCGCCGCAGCGACUCAGCUGGCAGGCCACCCCGCCAUCGCCCGCGCCGCCUCCAUCCUGGCAGAGGGCGGCGUGGUCGCUAUCCCCACCGAAACCGUGUAUGGCCUGGCGGCCAACGCGCUUUCCGCCGAGGCUGUGGGCCGCGUCUACGCCGCAAAGAACCGGCCCGCCGACAACCCCCUCAUCAUCCACGUCUCCUCCCUAGCCAUGCUCGCCGGCCUCUACCCGCCCGGCUGGGAGCUACCCCCCAUCUACGAACCCGUGCUUCGCGACCUGUGGCCGGGCCCGUUGACCGUGCUGCUACCACGCAGCCCGCUCGUUCCCGACGCCGUCACCUGCGGCCUUCCCACCAUGGCCGUACGAAUGCCCGCCCACCCCGUUGCGUUGGCGCUCAUUGCCGCCUGCGGCUUCCCCCUCGCCGCACCUUCCGCCAACUCCUCCGGCCGGCCCUCCCCCACGCUGGCCAAGCACGUGGCUGCGGACCUAGGCGGCGGCGUGAUCCCGCUGAUCCUGGAUGGCGGCGCCUGCAGCUGCGGGGUGGAGAGUACAGUGCUGGACGCGCUGCGGUCGCCGCCCGCCAUCCUGCGGCCCGGCGGCGUGACGCGGGAGGCGCUGGUGGGGUACCGGGGCCUGGAGGCGCUGCAGGUGUACCGCAAGGACUUCACGGACGCGGCUCUGGAGGCCGCCCCCACCACCCCGGGCAUGAAGUACCGGCACUACAGCCCCACCGCCCCCGUCAUACUGCUGGACCCCAGCCCGCCGGCUGCAGCCGCUACAGCCGCAGCAACAGCGGCAGCGGCUGCUGCUGGUGCUACAGCCGCAAAUGGCGCCGACAGUAGCCACAGCAGCAGCGCCAACGGCCAUGGCAGCGGUGAUGGGGAAGGGUUGGGGGAGCGGCUGCGGCAGGCGACGGAGGCGCUGCUCGCCGAGAUGGCUGGCAGUGCCCUUGAAGGCUGGCGCCCCAUCCCGGCCCUCGCCGGGUCUGUAGUUACGGCCAGUAGCAGUAGCAGUGGCAGUAGCAGUAGCGGCUGCAACGGCAGUAGCAGUCGCUCUGUGCCUCUGGACCCUCCCACGCUGGAGCUUGCGUCACGGCUGGCCGGGGGCGGGGCCGUGGGCGUGCUGCGGACCAGUCUGGCGGGGGCACCGCCGGGGCUGCUGCAGCGGGCACCGCAGGCCAAAACGGCGGCAGCAGCUGCGCAUAGCCAGGUCGACGACGGGGAACGCGGGAGAAGUAGUGGCAGUGGUGGUGUUGGUGGUGGGGAGGGGGCCGGCACGCGCGCUGUUGCUGCACAGCGUGUGAUCGAGUACGUGCUCGGGCACGUGUCUCGACCGGCAGAAGUGGCGACGGAGCUGUUUGCGGGCCUGAGGGCGCUGGACGAGGCGGGGUGCGUUGUCAUUGUGGUGGAGGGUGUGGCGGACGAGGGUGCGGGCGUGGCGGUGAUGAACCGUCUGCGCAAGGCGGCCAGCCGGGUGGUGCACGUGUAGAGACGCUUGAGGGUGGUGGUGGGUUGUGGGAAGCGGGGGCGUGAGCGGUGUUGGCGUGCAAUAUCAGAGCCUAGGGAGGCUCAAGGGAUUGUGAGCCGUGCGCCGUUUAUGACUGGCUAACGUGGCGCCACACAUGGAUGGGGCGUGUUGGCAUGCUGGUAUGCUGUACAGGGCUGUGUUGUGCAUUACGUGAGGUGAUACGUCAAGAUGGCCAGGGGAUGUUGGAAUGCUGGCGCAACGGCGUGCAGGACUGCGGAUAUUGCUGCAACGGCACGGCCCGCCUGCGCAGUGCAGACUGCGGUCUGCGGAGAUGGCCGGCAGGUGUGGGCGGUAGGCAAGAAUUGUAAUUGUUGUAUCGC